AUGUCUGCUGGAAGAGAAUAUUGGCCCACAAUUCUCGACAAGGGCAACAGCGCAGUCUCUGCCAAUCGCGCCACCACUGCCUACCCAGGAGCGCCGGCAGGCGAUGGCAGAUGCGAGCCGGCGGCCUUUGAACCCCAAAGCACCCUGUCGAAUGUACCUCUUAGCGACAAGAAAUCUGCUCAGGCAAGCGCGAAUACACCAACAAGAACCCCACUGAGCAUACCGGUAACUCCUCCGAGUGAGAACAUACAAAGCGCAUUUGAGCAUUGUUUUCCCUUUGAUCCGACGAUUCAAGUUGCAGCUUUCGCUAUUCAGGGAAAUGCAACCAUUUCCUACCAAUCGGUAGACCCAGUGAUAGAGCGCCGCUUAUAUGCAGUGGAAGCGUCCGUUGCCAAUUUGAAAUCAGCAGUUCGUCGAGCCUUGCGAAACAACAGGCGAAGUUCAAGCAAGAAAAAGAUGUCCUGCAUCGUCGAGGACGACGACAGCUCCAGCUCCUGCACUGCCGGUAGUGACAGCUGCAGCAAUAGCAGCAGCUACGACGACAGCAGCGGCCACGGUGACAGCCGCGGCUACGGUGACAGCAGCAGCUACGGUGACAGCAGCAGCUACGGUGACAGCAGCAGCUACAGCAGCAGCUACGGUGACAGCAGCAGCUACGACGGCAGCAGCGGCUACGGCGACGGCGGCAGUGACAGUGAUGACGAUGAGUAUGAUGACCACGGAAGCUCUAGCAAUGGUGAGAACGGUGGCCAUAGCAAAAAUCACGAGACGGGCCGCUCGCCUUCACCAAACGGUUUUGACAAUGGCCAUGCCGACGACCGUCUCAAUUAUGCGGAGGAGAACCCUCCUAGACUGCACAAACGCCAGAAACUCGCCGACGCUCCGAUAUGCAUAUCGGCGGCCAACGGGAUUGCCUAG